AAUAUUUAUUUUUAAUAGGUACCUGCCUUUUAAAAUCGGCAGUACAGCUUUUCUUAAGCGCCUGCAAAACAGGACUAUAAUUGUUGCCAGUGUGUGAGGAUUUAUAUUUUUCAAUAGGUUUAAAUAAGCAUCACUUUAAAAAGAGAUCGAAGUUAUUUCUGUAUUUAAAAAUCUAUAGCAGAACAGAAGAGGAAGGAAUUAAAGAAUAAAAGAAAGCUAUUGAAAAUAAAAGCAAAUGUUUUCCCCAAACUCCUGCAUUAUUGCUGGUUUUGUGAUUUGCAGCAGAUAGCCCGUUACAAUUGGUACAUACUAAUGGAACUGUGAGAGAAAUGCAAUAAUUUUGCUAUAAUGGGCUGUAACCUCGAGUCGACCCCAGCCCUGCAGACCCUGGCUGGAAGCGUGAAGAUCUAACUAGUCUCCAGAGGGUGGCGCAAGAGUCCGACUGACAAUCAGGAGCUGGAAGCGGGAGCGCGCCUUGGGCGCGCGCACCAACCCUCCAGCAUCCACCCAACUCCCCCAUUAGUGCACGAGUUUACCUCUAGAGGUCAUCAGGCAGGAUUUACGACUGGACAACAAAAGCACGUGAUUUGAAGUCGUACCCCAUAUUUGGGUGCCUACGUAGGAGGGAACCAAGUACAUGUCCCAGUCAUUUCCAUAAUUCAUCAUAAAUUGUGCAAGGGUGCUAUAGACGCACAAAACGACCAAGAGCCACAAAUCAAGCACACAUAUCAAAAAACAAAUGAGCUCUUAUUUUGUAAACUCAUUUUGCGGUCGCUAUCCAAAUGGCCCGGACUACCAGUUACAUAAUUAUGGAGAUCAUAGUUCCGUGAGCGAGCAAUACAGGGAUUCAGCGAGCAUGCAUUCCAGCAGGUACGGGUACGGCUACAAUGGCAUGGAUCUCAGCGUUGGGCGCUCAGCUUCCAACCACUUUGGUGCCAAUGAAAGAUCUCGCAAUUACCCAGCCACUACCACCUCUGCGUCGACAGAGCCCAGGUAUAACCAACCUGCAACGUCUUCACAUUCGCCUCCACCUGACCCUCUGCCCUGUACCGCCGUGGCCACUUCGCCUGUCAGCGACAGUCAUCACGGGGUGAAAAACUCCAUAGCUAACUCUACCAGCACUUCGUCCAAUUCCAGCAGCAGCACUCACAUAAGCAGAGAGGGGGUUGGCACGUCGUCUGGCACUGAGGAUGACACCCCAGCAAGCAGCGACCAGGCAAGUGCCCAGAAUGACCAAAGCACAACUCAGCCUUCACAGCCCCAGAUCUACCCCUGGAUGCGAAAACUGCACAUAAGUCAUGACAACAUAGGGGGACCAGAAGGAAAAAGGGCUCGGACUGCUUAUACCCGAUAUCAAACCCUGGAGCUGGAAAAAGAAUUUCACUUCAAUAGAUACCUGACCCGCAGAAGAAGGAUUGAAAUAGCACAUGCUCUUUGCCUCUCAGAGAGACAAAUAAAGAUCUGGUUCCAAAACAGGAGAAUGAAAUGGAAAAAGGAUAAUAAGCUGAAAAGCAUGAGCAUGGCAGCUGCAGGAGGGGCUUUUCGUCCUUAAGAAAUUGAUCAAUUAAAAAGUACUGAGCAGUAUUAGUUGACCCUGCGCAUAAUGUCAGUACUAAGUUGACUUUCUAAAACUUCCUUGUGUUACUUCUGUGAAGAAACCUUGUUCUUGUCGCCCUAAUUCAUCUUUUAAUCAUGAGCCUGUUUCUUACCAUUAUAUCGCGUGUAUAAGUAGAUCUGCUUCCCCUACAUUUCUUUGUCUUGGAUGGCUUUGUCUUGAAAAUUUAGAUGUUUUAACUUAUUUAUAUGAAGCGAGCUGUGUUACUUGAAGUAACUGUAAAAAAGAGAGAGAAUCCCCCUCCUUUAGUACAAAUGUUAUGUGUUGCACUCAAUUUGCUUAACUGUGCAUGUGUGUUUAAGUGUUAAUAACUGUAUAGCUCCAAGCUGUUAAAAUAUUUUUAUUCAAACUACCUAUAUAAUUCUUGUGUAAUUAAUGCUGUUGUAGAGGUGAAAUGAUGAGAUACAACUGAACUUGUCCUACGUGUAGUGAAUAGUGAAUCUGUGACGAAAACUGUGAUUCCAAGCAGUAUGUCCUUGCUGUGCCUUUGUAUGACUCUUUGCACGAACUCCUAGAAGUGGCUCUUAUUAAGCGCAGCAUCAGUAAUGUAUGUUUUUGUGAACAAAGUUACAAAUAUAGUCAAAGUCUGGCUGUUUGAGCAAACUGUGAUCAGCUUUUUUUUUUUUUUUUUUUUUUUGUAUUUGUU